UUCUAAGUUUCUCCUAUGAAACAUCUCUAUUUCUCUCGUUUUUUCGAUUGAAUGAAUAUGUUAUUAUGCUUGUGAUGCUUUUUUAUUGUUUAAUUGUCUGUUGAUGUAUUUUGAUUGCUAAAAUUUGAAAAAUUAUGGUUGGGUUUGCAAUGAUUAUAAACAAUUCCUCGUUCUGAAUGCUGUUGCCACGGCAUGAUAGACUCUUUUACACCCAUAGAAUAUGAGCACCCACCAAUCUUUCUACUUUUCGUCUCUCUCUUUUUCCUAUUUAUCAAUCUUCAGUGGUAGCAAUUGAUUCACAAUUGGUUACUGUGUGUUAUAUUUUGUUGUUUAAUUGGCUGUUGAUGUAUUUUGAUUGCUAAAUUUUGAAAAAUUAUGGUUGGGGUUGUGAUGAUUAUAAAAUAAUUCCUCGUUCUGAAUGCUGUUGCCAUGGCAUGAUAGACCCUUUUACACCCAUAGAAUAUGAGCAACCACCUAUUUGUUUAUACCCAUUUGCUCCAAUUAAUGUACAAAUGGUUACUAUGUGUUAAUUUUCUUUGAACAUCUUUUUAUGAAUUUUCAAAUGAGUUGGAAUUGUGUGGAACAACGUUGAUGAGCUCUACAGACCUGUAAUGAUUUGCGAAAAUGAUCGCAACUCUUAAUGAACAUCUAAGGGACUGAGUUAUUCCACAUAUUCCAAUUGCUCCAUUGUUUUGCAUUCCUUAAUAUUUUUUUAACUGUAAAGCUUUUUCAUCAUUUAUAUGAAUUUGAACAUGUGUUGAUCGUUUGAAUCUCUUUAGGCUAUGCUUUACUUAAUUAUCAUUUGGGUCACACUUUGUGGUGUGUCACUUUACAAGUGAAGCUAUAAGGAUUGUUCCUCUCGCUAUCCUUUGCGCUCCGUUUGUGGUGUAUUUGGACGUUGGGGUACUAAAUUAUUGUCCAUAAUAUUAGUUUAAGGUCUUUGAUGCAGACUUUUCGUGCCCUUUGAAAGUAUUUUGAUUAGUAGCAUGUUUCGAUUUGUGUUGAUGGACAUCUGAUAGAGGGAUGAAUCCUUAUGGUUGAUUCCUUGAUACUUUGUAUCAAUUGUUAUGGAAGAGUGAUGUUGUCUUGAUGAAAGACUUUGCUGGUGAAGAUGCACUUUUAACAAUCUUUUACAUGGUUUAGUGAAGUAAUUCAUCCUUGCAGAUCUCCAUUAACCUUUGUUUACAGGGAACAUUUUCAUCUGAGAUAUCGUGAAUGAUUCUCUUUUCUGGAGACGAUUGUUCCUAGUGAAUUUCAGAUCAUCAUUGCUGCAAACUAGUCAAUAGAAAAAACUUAUUGGUGGUGCUGUGUAAUUGAAAUGGCCUAUCAAUGUUGAAUUGUUCUAAAGCAUUUUCAAUCUAUGCCUAUGGAAAGAAAAGUCAUGAAAAGUGAUCCAUAUGAUCGUAAAGAAAGGCUAGCCUAUACGUCUUUCUAGCGUACGUGCGGUUUCUUUCGAUUGGAGCAUGUGGCUACCUGGAUCAAUCAGCCUAUUCUAGUUUGCAUUGUGUCAUCCGAUUUUAGGAAAUUCAUUGGAUUGAGGAGUUGCUUCACACCUGGCCAUAUGAGGGAAUGAAAAUGAACUUGCCCCCCCAAAAAGGGAAAAGAACUGGAAAGGGAGAGGAUGGCCAUUGAAUCAUACAGUGUAAUUAUGCUUUUCAUAUCACAAAGCUAUGUUCUUGCUUUUUGUAUGUCAAAUGAUUGCUGAAAAAUAACGUGUUGUUGUCUUGUUGGAACUUUUUCCUUGUAAGUAGCAGAACAUAGUUACUAGCAGAACAAAUACACUAUGGGCAAAUUACUUGUGGAUCAAAUAUUACAAAAGACACAACCCUCAAACUGUGCAGUGGAAGGGGGGCUUUCAAGUAUGGAAGGCUAUGAUAGAGGCUAGAGAUAACAUAGAGCAUGAAAUAUGGUGGGAAUCAAGGAGUGGAACUGCAAAUAUAUGGUUUGACAAUUGGACAAAACUGGGGGCUCUAUACUACAUCAUCCCAGAAGACUUUGUAAUAGAUGAGGGUAUUCAAGAUGUAAAACAAAUAAUGUUGCAGGGUGGUUGGAAUAUGGAAAAAUUGCAUCAAUUGUUUCCUAUUGAUAUUGUGGAUCAUAUACUAGAAGACUUGCACUUUCAUGAACCAAAUGAGGAGUGGGAUAAGCCAAGAUGGAUGAUGACAGCAUCAGGUAAAUUCAGUUUAGGUACUGCUUGGGAGUUACUGAGGAGCAAAGCAACCAAAUCAGAUAUCUAUAAAAAUAUAUGGAUACCAGGCGUACCAUUUAAGAUCUCUUUCUUUGUAUGGAGGUUGUGGAAGAUAGUGAAAUGGGACUUUCUUUGUAUGGAGGGGUACCAACCAAGUUCUCUGGCAUUUUGUAUUAGGAAUGCAGCAGGUGAUCUCCAGUAUGCAGCAGCAAGAAGGAUACCAGAUGGUUCGAGCUUGAUAGCAGAAGCAAGGGCAAUACAUGAAGGUCUUCUAUACUGUGUUACACACACAAUGCUGCCAGUGGUGUUGGAAACAGACUCAUUGACUAUGAAAAUGAUCUUAACUGGGCAGUGGGAGGCUCCUUGGAGUAUAUCAAUGAUCAUAAAUGACAUCCCAAGGCAUAGGAGGGAUAAGGAAGUGAGGGUGGGGCAUGUUUUGAGAGAAGAAAAUGGACUGGCUGAUUUUUUAACUAACUUUGCUUUUGAUUUUGUAGGUGAUCAUCAAUUUGACAACUUUACUUCACUACCUGUAAAAGCAAAGAAAAUUUUAAAUACAGAAAAAUUACACAUACCAUACAUGAGGAUUAGACCAGCCAAAGAUCAUCACAUACCUGGUGAUUAGCAACAAGGUGAAGAACAGCAGCAACAGCCAAAUAGCUCUGGCUAGUAGAUAUACAUGUAAGCUGAGACAAUGAAAAUAUUCAAUGCAAGAUGUUCGCAGUUACAUCUCAAGGAAUACGAAGGAUUUCUACUCCAUCCUGGAAGCCCUAAAUAAAUAUUCUUUUUGACUUUGAACCAUAGCACCUGGUGAGAGAUUGUAGGUGUCUGAAAUGGCAAAAAGCCAAGGCCAGAGGAUCCGCAGCAGAGUACGCUCCAUUCAACAUUAGAUGUAAUUCAUCACCUUGUUUAACUUUCAAAUUAGGAUAGUUGUUCUUGCCUUUCCUUUCUUUUAAGUUAUGUACUUUUAUAUUACAAUUUUAAUAUACUACCAAAAAAAAUUCUUUGGUAGUUAAAAAAAAAAAAUAGUUACUAGGGUUGCACAUGAAUGGGUUGGUUCCGUUUUUUCUAGUAUG